AUGUCAGAUCAUAGUCGGCAAAUAUCUAAUGAUUCGCCGUACGUUCCCUUUCAAGACGAGGACGAAGACGACGAGUACGUUGAAGAGGGCUUAUCAAACAGCUAUAAAUUGCAUGCAAGAGAUUCGAGAACAGCAGCACGCAAAGCAGCUUCUCGAUCAACCUUAUUUUCGAACCGAAACCAUCAAUAUCAGAGCGUUCAAGUUAACGACUUAUCAGACGAAGACUACAAUGAACUCGAUGAGGCACCUGCGUCGUUAAUGGUUGAAAUACCCCGAACGACGAAUGAAGGUAUAAGCACAUACCCAAAUAGGCCACGCUGGUUUCCCAACUUUGGUUCACGACAUAAGCAACAGAGUCCGCAUAUGCGACCCGGAAUGGACAUCAAGGAUUUGACAAUGUGGCGAUGGGCGAAUGUUGAGAAUCUGGAUAAUUUUCUUGGACAGGUAUACGCUUAUUACCAAGGGCACGGCAUAUAUUGCAUUUUUCUCGGCAGGCUAUUAAACAUAUUGAAAUUCGCAUUUGUCGUAUGUUUCUCGACAUUCUUGGUCGGUUGUAUAGACUAUCCAAAGCUAGACCCCAAUAAUAGGCUAUCUGAUGUAGUGAUUCCACAAUGCAUCAGCCAGUUGUCAGGUUCGACAAAAUGGUUUCUCUUUAUGUGCGCGUGUUUCUCGGUGUGGCAAGCAAUACGACUAGCUUUGGAAGUUCGUGAGCUUACUGAGAUGUAUAAUUUCUAUACUCAUCUUUUGGAAAUACCGGAUGCUGACAUACAGACAGUAUCAUGGCAAAAAGUAGUUAACCAGAUAAUGAAAAUUCGUAACAAUAAUCCUACGACAAUACAGGGUCAUCAUCUUAAAGAGAGUCAACAACGCCUUGAUGCUCAUAACAUUGCCAACAGAAUAAUGCGACAAGAGAAUUAUCUUAUAGCGUUAUUUAACAAGGAUUUAUUGAACUUAUCAAUACCCUUUCCAUUCUUGAGAGAGAAACAAAUACUUACAAAGACAUUAGAAUGGAAUCUGAAUUUCUGCAUAAUAGAUUAUGUUUUCAACAACAGAGGCCAAGUCAGGAAACGUUUCGUCAAGGACGUACAGAGAGAACAUUUGAUAAGAGGUCUACGUCGCAGAUUUAUUUUUAUGGGACUCAUGAACCAGCUUGCCGCACCCUUUAUUGUCAUAUUCAAUUUGAUAACAUUCUUUCUCGAUCACUUGGUGAAAUUCCGGCUUAACCCGACAGAAAUGAUGUCACGUCGAUGGUCGCCCUUUGCUCGGUGGAAGUUCCGUGAAUUUAACGAAUUGCCGCAUUUAUUCGAAAUGCGAUUGAACCACAGUUACGAGCAUGCCAAUAAAUAUCUAGACCAAUUUCCAAAGAAGAAAACCGUUCUGUUCAUGAAAUUCCUUUCUUUCGUAGUCGGCUCUUUUACGGCCAUUCUUUUAAUACCGACAAUCACGCACACAGAAUUCGCGCUAAAUUUCGAAAUAACUCCCGGGAAAUCAUUAUUCUUCUAUUGCGGUGUAUUCGCGUCUAUAUUUGCCGUAAUUACCAAAUUAAUUCCGGACGAUACCGAGGUUGUCAAUGCGGAAGAGACGUUGAAGCGAGUUGUAGAAUAUACACAUUACAUGCCGAGUGAGUGGAAAGAGAAUCUGCAUGCGGAUGAGGUUCGAAAGGAGUUCGGAUCGAUGUUUGAACUGAAAGUAGUGUUAAUACUCCAAAAUAUCCUGAGCGUUAUUUUUAUUCCGUUCAUUUUGUGGCUCUCGUUACCUGACUGCAGUGAACAAAUUGUUGAUUUCUUUCGAGAAUUCACAGUUCAUGUGGAUGGUGUGGGGUACGUGUGUAGUUUUGCUGUAUUUGACUUUAAGAGACAUGGCAACGUGAAGUAUGGUGCGCCGACUGAAGUGGCCAAUGAAUAUUAUCUCUCGAAAGAAGGAAAGAUGGAAAAGAGUUUUCUGAACUUUAAGGCCAAUCACCCCGAUUGGGAACCCACAGACCCGACAGGCUCGAUGUACUUGAGCCGCCUUGCAGAAUUCAAUAAUCAAAUACAUCACGAUCGUACGAGUAAACUUCGCGAAUCAAAUAUUGAUUAUACCCCUACACGUCACAAUCGUCGUAAUAGCACUGUUCAUUUCAACACCCAUGGAUACUCUAAUAGCAUAUCGCAUGCGCCAAACUAUUCUCAUGCCUAUCGUUCAUCUCUCGCCAGUAAUAUCAAUGAUUCGUUAAUGACUGAUCAAGGAGGCCCUAGCCACGGGUAUCAUCAGCGCCAUACGUAUGCUACUAUGAGUGAACCGUUGAACUCGUCCGCUAGUGAAGAGAACCAUGCGAGUGAACUUGGUGAUAGUUAUUUGAUGACUGGUGGCAAGGAUGGUGGCGAUGGAACAUUAUCGGAUUCAGCAGAGCAAGAUCAACCGAGACAGGCUGGUGUUUUCGCAUUGCUGGGUCAAUUAUAUGAGCAUAACAAUGCCACAAUGUGA